GGCGGACCUCCGGGCCGGCGUUCAGGCGACGGCGUGAGAGGCGGCGGCGGCAUGGCAGGCCGGCGGGUGAAUGUGAAUGUGGGCGUGCUGGGUCACAUCGACAGCGGCAAGACAGCGCUGGCUCGGGCGCUGAGCACCACGGCCUCCACCGCCGCCUUCGAUAAGCAGCCGCAGAGCCGCGAGCGCGGCAUAACGCUCGACCUGGGCUUCUCCUGUUUUGUUGUGCCGCUGCCGGGGGCUGAACCCGGGACUAGCGACACGCUGCUGCAGGUCACGCUGGUCGACUGCCCCGGGCACGCCUCCCUCAUCCGGACCAUCAUUGGCGGUGCUCAGAUCAUUGAUCUGAUGAUGCUCGUGAUUGAUGUGACCAAGGGAAUGCAGACACAGUCCGCAGAGUGCCUUGUGAUCGGCCAGAUCGCCUGCCAGAAGCUUGUUGUGGUGCUGAACAAAAUAGACCUGUUAGCAGAAGGGAAGAGGCAGGCAGCGAUUGAGAAAAUGACCAAGAAAAUGCAGAAGACUCUUGAGAACACCAAAUUUCGGGGUGCACCGAUUAUUCCCGUGGCAGCCAAGCCUGGGGGACCAGAGGCCCCUGAAACAGAAGCUCCACAGGGCAUCUCCGAACUCAUUGAGCUCCUGAAGUCCCAGAUUUCCAUCCCAACAAGAAACCCCUCAGGACCGUUUCUUAUGUCUGUGGACCACUGUUUCUCCAUCAAGGGUCAGGGCACCGUGAUGACUGGGACCAUCCUCUCAGGCUCUAUCAGCCUCGGGGACAGUGUGGAGAUCCCUGCCCUCAAGGUGGUGAAGAAGGUGAAGUCCAUGCAGAUGUUCCACACCCCCGUCACUUCUGCCAUGCAAGGAGACCGACUGGGCAUCUGUGUCACCCAGUUUGACCCCAAGCUGUUGGAGCGUGGGCUGGUGUGUACUCCUGAGUCUCUGCACACUGUUCAUGCAGCUCUUAUCUCUGUGGAAAAGAUCCCUUACUUCCGGGGUCCCCUGCAGACCAAGGCCAAGUUCCAUAUCACAGUGGGCCAUGAGACAGUCAUGGGCCGCAUGCUUUUCUUCAGCCCUGCUCCUGACAACUUUGACCUGGAGCCCAUACUAGAUUCCUUCGACCUCUCCCGAGAAUACCUCUUCCAAGAGCAGUAUCUGUGCAAGGACUCCAUGCCCACGGCCACAGAAGGUGGCGAUGAGGCAAACAGGAGAGCAGGCCAUACCCCGGGGGCCCAGUGUCCCCGGCAACAGUGGGCCCUGGUAGAGUUUGAGAAGCCAGUCACCUGCCCCCGACUCUGCAUGGUGAUUGGCUCCAAGUUGGAUACUGACAUUCAUACCAACACAUGCCGGCUGGCUUUCCAUGGUGUCUUGCUUCAAGGACUGGAGGACAAGAACUAUACAGAGAGCUUCCUGCCCGCACUGAAGGUUUACAAGCUGAAGCGCAAGCAUGGCCUUGUGGAGCGGGUAAUGGAUGACUACAGUGUGAUCGGACGCUCCCUGUUCAAAAAGGAGACCAACAUCCAGCUCUUUGUGGGGCUUAAGGUGCAACUGUCCACAGGAGAGCAGGGCAUCAUCGACAGCGCCUUCGGCCAGAGUGGCAAGUUCAAGAUCCACAUCCCUGGUGGCCUCACCCUUGAGUCCAAGAAGAUCCUGACACCAACACUCAAGAAGCGGAGCCGAGCUGGCCGAGGGGAGACCACCAAGCAAGAGGAGGGCACUGAGCGGCCAGAGCCCAUGCAGCCUGUGACACUCAGCCUGUCUUUCAAGCGCUAUGUCUUUGAUACCCAGAAACGCAUGGUACAGACUUCCUGAAUGAACCAACCUGCCCAGCUGUAAGCCAGACCACAGUGCCAGAUGCCUCAAGACGUGCCUCAACCUCCCCAAUCCUGCAGGCAGUCAGCCCCACACCACUGCCAUCCGCACUGCUGUUGAACCACACUGAGAGAGCCUGAGGAGAAUUAGGAACAGUGCCAGAAGGGCCUGCCACUCCCUCCCUGCACUCACCGAGGAGAGCAGCUAGGCCCACUAGGAAAGGGCCUUAGCAGAACCAGCAACCUGAGUCUCGCAGGCUUCCCUGGUUAGUGUCUGCAGCCACUCUCAGCCCUGCCCCAAGUAGCUGGCAUCCUACAACUAGAAAUAAACAGCCUGUAUGUGA